GAUGUCACAGGGUGUGGGAGGAGAGCGAGGGGAAGGGCGGAGAGCGAGCCGAGUGCGUGCUGAGUUCUGGGACCCUGUUUACUUAACAUUCCCAGCCGCGGAAGCCCUGGUUUAAAUAGGAUCGCAGGCGCACCCUGCGCACAUCAGCUGAGGAAAUGGUUGUAGGGGGACUUUAAAAUUCCUUUGUUCCAAAGCGUUAGUGUGGAUGAUGAGCAUGCAGGAUGCCUUUCCUCUUGGGGCUGAGACAGGACAAGCAAACCUGCCUGGGCGUCAACAAUCAAAGUUAUAUAUGUGAAACAGGCCACUGUUGUGGACAGUCACAGUGUUGCAACUACUACUAUGAACUCUGGUGGUUCUGGCUGGUGUGGACUAUCAUCAUCAUACUAAGCUGCUGUUGCGUUUGCCAUCAUCGGCGUGCCAAACACCGCCUCCAGGCACAGCAGCGGCAACACGAGAUUAACCUGAUUGCUUACCGAGAAGCCCAUAACUACUCAGCCCUGCCAUUUUAUUUCCGAUUUUUGCCAAAUUAUUUACUACCUCCCUAUGAGGAAGUGGUGAACCGACCUCCAACCCCUCCCCCACCAUAUAGUGCCUUACAUCAGCAGUGUGUCCCGGCAGGCAGCAGUAGCACAAUCCCGGAUACUCCAAGAAACCUCCAGCCAGCACAGACAAGCUCUCCUCCACCACCAGGUGGCAAUAACAACAGCACUGACAGCUCUGGGCCCCUCAGCGUCCGGGACCCUGAAUCCUCCAUGACACUGGUUGAACGAACCGUCACCAAAAUGCAGGCUACCGAGCCAGGCAACUCCAGCACCGGAGCUGAGUUGGAGGAGACAGCCGAUCCUGUGUCCUUCCCGGAUAAGGAUUCCGAGUGCAAGGAGGAACUGCUUAAAGAUUACAGCUGUGAAAGCUUAGACCAGAACAGCGCUAUUCCCGAUGCCAGGGACAAGACUCCCGGCAGGCACCGCCGUUUCACUGGCGACUCAGGCAUCGAAGUCUGCGUCUGCAACCGGGGCCACCAUGACGACGACCUUAAGGAGCUUGAUGGGCUCAUCGACGAUACUUUGGAUGGGCCCCUGGACUUCUGUGAUAGCUGCAGUGGCCGCCUCCAUGGGGAUGAGGAAGAAGGGCUUUUCAGUGCCUCCGAAGAGCAGCACCGUGAACAUAACCACCACCAUCUGCCUCGGCAGCCGGUGUGUGUCCUUCUGAACACCAUAAACGAGCAGGACUCUCCAAACUCUCAUACUAAUCACUCUCCCAGCUAAAGUGGCUGAGUCGUAAGGGAGAGUCUAUAAAAGGAUUAACAACUUUUAAAAAGGUGACGCAACCUUUUUUUUUACCCCAGAUGUAAUUUUGGGACUAUCCCCAAAAGCACUGCUUGGGAGGGUGGGCAACUGCGCCUGUUUUUUUAAUAUCACAUCCCUCCUCGUACACAUAGUAGGGACUGCAGUUUCAAAAGGAGACUUUUGUAAAAUGGAACUUUGCUAAUGAUGAUUUUGGUGAUGGAUUAUUAUUGUUUGGUUGGUUUUAGUUUUCCAAAACCUGCUUUAUCUUGCAAGUCAUGAAGUUCAGCAAGUCUAACCCUGUGAGGAUAAGAAAUACAGUAUGGCUCCACCCUCCAGGUGUCUUCCCAGAAGCACACUGCUUCUGAUAGCACUGGCAGUCAGCAGCCCGAGAGUUCUGGUUUGAUUAGGGCUCUUGAGGGGAGUAGAGCACAUCCACUUUUCCCCAAAUCGUGAAAUCACUAAAUCAGAACAGCGCUGUAAUCUCUGGUGCUUCAGCAACAGGUAGGGGUGCAGGAGAUUCCCCACUUGAAGCUGGUAACUGAAGGACCAGUUUCUUCCAGAUGGAAUAUUAGUCUAUAGCAUGCAAGUUGCAAAAAGGAUUGCAGAUUUUGCCUUUACAUACUUUUUUUUUUAAGGCAAAUAUAUUCCUUUAAUCAAUGCCUCUCAGAGCACAGCUGUGAGUUAGAAUCCAGGCAGCUGGGCUGCCUUUCCAAGUACUGUGGUCUCUACAUGACAUUCAACUUGUGUGCUGCAAAAGGUUUGGCCUUUUUUUUUUCCAUUUUAUUUUUGUCCCCUUAGGGCAGCACUUUAGUUAAGAUGACAAAAUGAAAACCAGGGCUGUCUUUGGCCAGUGUGCCUUCAGGUUUCAGUGAUGCAUGUUGAACAAAUGGAGACAAAAGCUCCGUCCGUUGCAAAAGGAUUACUUACAGCGGAGAUCUGGGCAGUAUUCUUUUUUUAAAUCCAAAAGUUUGGUGCGAUUCUAAUGCUGACCACUUACAAGAAAUGAAUGUCUAGGGUUUUUUCUUUUUUUAAGGUGGCAAAUGGCUACUGUACAAUGUCUGAGCGUGUAUGUGUGUGACUGCAAUACAUGCAUGCAUGUCCUACUGGUAAUAUGAAACCUGCUGUAAGACUGCAAGAAAAUUUACUGUAGCUUUGCUUUAAUAAACAGUAGAGUUUUUGUUAGUAUAACCAGAAGGAAAAAAAAACAAACCGCUGAAACUAACAUUCCCUGGAGCGUUCCUGUGGAAGAGGGCAGGAGUCAGUCUAUAUAUGAAGUGUGCUUGGGUUUCCCUCUGGCUUUCCUUUACUUAUGGUCAUCUCGAUCAUUACUGUUAUGGAGGGAAAUUGAAACCUUGACGCAGGCAUUCAGAUUUGAUUGAUCGAAACCAAAAUCAGUUUUCAGUAACGUGGAAACCAAAUAUAAUGCCUUUUCUGAUAA